UGUUUAACUUGAUGUGUAUCCAUGGUAACCACCGUGGCUACAGCAGGUCCGGUCACUGCGCGGCGCAUCCUGUUACCUUGAGUGAAAGAUAACAGCCGAAGAAAUGACAGCAGCGCCUUAUGGACAAAUAAAAGCGAAAACCCUGGAAUGUUGUUAGCUCCCGUGUUGUUUUGUUGUUUGGGAGAGUCAUGACGUCCUCGCAGAGGACUCGAUAUGGAGGCGAAGCGGCGCGCGACACUAAAUGGAGAAUGGCAGCUCCUCCAGUCCUGUUGUUAAAGCGCGCUGGCGGAGCACCUCAGCCCCGGCCCCUUCACCCCCACCCGAUGCGACUGGUCCAGAGAUCCCACUUACCUCCUCCUCCUCCUCCUCAGCUCCCUCUCUUCCAUACGCGGCAUGCAGAAGAGAGCGCAGAGAGGCCGCAUCUGGUCACCAUCAUCCGCCCUCAAAGUCAAAGUGCACUACGCAAGGUGACGGUCCUGUUGAACCGCAGAGGUGUGGUGUCCUUCGAGCAACUGCUGCUGGAUAUCUCUGAGGCGCUGGGCUUUCCUCGCUGGCACAGAGCCAGAGUCACACGCUUGUACACGACCCACGCACGAGAGGUUAAAGGCGUGUGUGAUUUCUUUCGCGGCGAGGUGGCCUUUCUGGCCUUGGGGAAGGUUCGUCCGGAGCUGAGCGAUGUGCAGGAGGCCCUGGAGGAGCUGUUCCCGGAACAAUCUCAUUACCGGGCUGACGCACUGCAGGCCUGGGAGAAGAGACUCCGUCCGGCGGCAGAUAAAGCGGCGAAGGCUGACAGUGGGUACAGUGAGGGGACGGAGAGCAACAAGACACACACGGACCAAGAGACUCACCCGGCCACAAAUACACAGCCGCCUCACUGUGUGCACACGCACCAGUCCGAACAUAACAACUCGGAUGUACCAAAGUGUCAUAAAAAGAAUUCCUAUAGAAAACCUGCUCACCUGCCCAACCACCUGCAGAGACUGCGUGUGAGGGGCGGGGCCAGAGGGCGCCAUGAUUUUGACGUUGACCCAUUUAAAUACGGGGAAAGUCUUAGAGAAGGAGACGUAGCCCCUCCUACACUGUGUGAAGACUGCUUAGCAAGAAGAGUUAAGCGUCAGGUACCGGAGUGGCUCAAUCCACUGUCAGGGAGGGCCGCACUUCCUCCUGUGUCCAGGAAGCAAAAAGAACCAGACACAGAACCAGAAGUACAAGAAUUCGAGGGCCGCAUCAGCCCCCCCCUUCCUCGGCCAAUCAGUAGACACGAGGAGAAGAGUGUGGCCCAAUUUAUUUCAAACCCACUUCCAAAAGUGGGUGAAGCACACAAGGACAUUCGGCAGAGGACCACCUUUAACCUUCCUUCAAACGGAAGUGAUGUCACCCUGGCGGAAAUCGAGCAUUUCUAUGAAAUAGGACACGUGGUCGGAGACGGCAACUUUGCGGUAGUGCGGAAGUGUCGCCGCCGCGACGACGGACAGACCCUCGCCGUGAAGAUUGUCGAACGCUCCAAGCUGAUCGGUCGGGAGCACAUGAUGCAGAACGAGCUGAGCCUUCUGGGUAGCCUCUGUCACCCACGCAUAGUGCGGCUGUUUUCGCACCACCACACGCACACUCACUCAUACCUGGUGAUGGAACUGGUGGGCGGGGGGGAUCUGUUUGAGGCCAUCAGUGAGAGGGGGACGUUUCCUGAGGCAGAGUCGGGACUGAUGGUGUCAGAUGUAAGCGAAGCUCUGAACUACAUGCACUGCAAAAGCAUCGUCCACCGAGACCUCAAACCGGAAAACCUGCUGAUAGAACACGUGGCUCCCAGCAUCAGUAGGCUGAAGCUGGGGGACUUUGGUCUCGCCAUGGUUGUGACUGAACCAGUCUUCACCAUAUGUGGCACACCCACGUAUGUGGCCCCGGAGAUUCUCCGUGAGACAGGUUACGGUGUUGCGGUGGAUGUUUGGGCUCUGGGUAUUAUUCUCUACAUCCUGCUGUGUGGAUUUGCCCCAUUUCGCAGUCAGGAUCGGGACCAGGAGGAGUUGUUCCAGCUAAUAAAACAGGGUCAACUCCACUUCUUGUCCCCCUACUGGGACGCCGUCUCAGAAGACGCCACAGGCCUCGUCAGAGCUCUGCUUGAGCCGGAUCCCGCGGUGAGGCUGACAGCAGAGCAAACCAUGACUCAUCCCUGGGUGAAGGCUUCAAUUUGCAGGCAGAGGGCGCUCGCAGAAAAAACUUGGAGGGACAAAGCAGACACUGGAGCAGAACCAGACAAGCCCGGACUGGUCCAGAGACCUGCUCAGACCAAUGCGGCCAAAAGAGGGCCACAAGGAACACCAAGGGGAACCAGCAGCGAGGUAGAGGUCACACAGAGAGAGUUCAGCAGGCACGAUGAGACAGAGCCUGAGACAAGCACAGGAAGAAGACGAGAUGAAGACAGUCCGCCAUGGCAACCUGCAAUAGAGACAAGCGCAGUGAACAUCAUAUCUCCACAGCUCAAAGUGGACACAGCUUCAGAGGCCGAACCGGGUCAACAGAAAUUAGAGUGCACCUCAAAAGACUCUGGCUCACCCAGCAGGGAAUCUAGAAGGCCAGAAAUAAAAGAACCAGGGCCCACAGACCCGCCUGCUAGGAUCACAGCCAGCCUCAGUGUCAAACUCGAUCAGCCCGCUGCCCCCUAAACCCAAAGCGAGCUUCAAUCCCACAUUAAGACGCAAUCAAAACAAAACGGACAAUCGCCUCCAUUUUCAAAACCCUCCGCCGAAUCAGAAUCACGGUGGGCCGCUCCACGCAACACCACCCGUCCUCCAACCAAGCAGCUUCUUUAUCUCACCCGCUCCAUCAGCAAAACCUCACGUCUGCCCUUCUCGACCCCGUCACAGCCGACGCCGCAAACCAUCCAACCCAACAACGGGAGCCCAACUUUUGCACCGCCGCCACCCAGCCACCCGCCCAGUCUGCACCCCGCUGUCAAUCUCCGGUUUAACCGCGUGAUUAGAACAGGGUUAUCGCUGUCAGUGUUUUAGCAAAUACUAGAAUAUCUAGAUAUAGAUAUAUCUAGAUAUAAUAUAUAGAUUAAUAGGAUGAGAAGCACUACGUUGAAAUUAAUUCAAUAGAGUAAGUAGGUCUUAAUUUGGAUGUAAACAUAUUUGCUGUUACUGUUAUUGUUUAUAAUGUUGUGGGGUAAACAUAAAAAAAAUUUUUUGUACCACAUUACUGAAGUGUUUUUUGGGGUGGGGGGGUUCCAGCAGGCCAUGUUUAAUUUUGAUAUCUGGUAACGAUAUUGGAUUGCUUGUGUCCAGCCAAAACAUCCUCCUUGUUUGUACCGCUUCCCCUUUAAGUCAAUUCCUAGAGGGCUGUGCUAAGAAGGUUGUUUACUAUAACUUCAUAAACUAAAAAUAUCUUCCAAGUACUUUCAUCUCUUGAAUGCCAUUUUUCUAAAAAUAUGCUGCUGUAAGUAUUUUGUAUUGGUUUUGUUUGGAAAGAAAUUUUAGAUUGGAUUUAACAAUCCUGGCGGGGAAAAUUUGGGAUGAUUAUAAAUCAGUGAAUUUACAAUCUGUGGCAAUAUUUGGACAAAUUAAAAGUGUCGUCGGAUCCAGA